GAUCCUGCGAUUGGUUCUUUCUGAUGUGAAUCAAACGCUAUGCACAUCAUGAUGCACAUAUAACCACAUAACAAUACAUAUAAGUAGAACGAACUAUAUAUUCGCGCUUCGUAUACUUACUUAUAUACCGUCUGUAUUUAUAAAUACUUCUAAUGAGAAACGUCUAUAGACAUAACCUAUACUUACUUCGAAUUAAAAGUUGUAUUAUUUAUUUACUGUGAUAAAAUUAACAUGGAGGAAGAUCAAGAACCUGAGCGUAGAAGAAUGGAUCCUAGGGCAAUACCAUUGUUGUUCUCACUCAAGGGUGUGGACAUUAAUCAAAAAACGGAUGGCGGAGAGACAAUGUUGCAUGUUGCUGUAAGGAUGAGAGACAAAGAGGUUGCUUUUGUUCUUCUAGAAGCUGGUGCCAGUGUCAACAUAAAAGAUGCCGAAGGUAAUACUCCUCUAUCUUCUGCAAUUGAAAUCGAAUCUUCAGAUAUGGUUGAUCUGUUACUCAAGUACAAUCCAGAUUUUGAUAUCGAUAUUGUUAGAGACAAGUUUUACACGAGUUUGAUGGGCUCUUCUUCUGACGAUGAGAAGAUUGUCAGAUCCAUGAUUAAACAUGGGUUUACGGUUAAAGAAACUGAUAAUUUUAGUACAACUCUACUGUGGGCCGUUGUGUUAUUGGGAUUAGAAGACUUUGCUAUUUCCAUUAUUAAUUACAAGACCAACUUUAUGGAGUCUAUCAAGGUGUGGUACCGUUCAUUCCUAUUGAUGACUCAGCCAUUCACAGAAAAGCAAACUGAGAUACUAGGAAUAAUAACAAAAAUAAUAGACCAUUUCUUGCCAGGACAGAAAGUUGAUAUGCUAGGUAACCACAAUCAAUUACUAUUUAAAAUCUUGCUAUCUCAAUGUGACAUAGAAUUGAUAAAUGUUAGUGUCAUGAGCCUGGGAGGAAGUUUUAAUGACAAUGAAGAGGCAGAUAUAGUAGCAAUAACCAAAGAUGUUUUGCUGAAUUGUUACGAUGGAGAUAAUCCAAUAUUAGAUAAAUAUGGCAGAACAGGACUACAUUAUGCAGCUAAAGUGGGUAAUGUUGGAGUAAUUCAAGCUUUGUUAGAUAUGCAUUUGGAUGUCAACGUCACAGAUGAAGAUGGUAAAACACCACUCAAUUACAUUCAUGACAGAAUAAGUGAAUACUCUAAAAGUGAUAACAGCAAUGAGGUUAUUAAUAAUGAAAAACACUUUGAUUUAGAAUUCAACUGUGACUUUACUCUAUUGGAUUUGAAAAUUGGAGCCGUUUUGCUCAUCAAGCAUGUAUCCAAAUUGAUUACAUCCAACUCGUACAUUACUUUAAAAAAUUUGAAAACAGUUAAGUCACUCUUGACAAUGAUGACCAAAGAUACAGAAAUGGCACCAUAUUACCUAUCGAUAUGUUCCUUUAUCGAACAGUGUGAAGAUGAAAUAAACCUCAUGAAGAGUCAAAAGUUGGUAGAACUUACCUACUUUGACUUUUUGAAAAAGAACUACAAUCAGAUUGCUUUAUACACAAGAAGAAAAGAAGUGAUUGAAGCUUUCCAAUCAGACAAUAAAUUCCUAAAGGAUCUGGAAAUUUAUGGUCCUAUGUUAGAGCGCCGAUUUCAAGUGAGCAAUAUCAGAAGAGGCCUUAUUGAAAAUGUUGAAAGUAUAGUAUUUGAUAUUUUGAAAUGGCGGCAACUAUCAAUAGUGGUUGUAAGAGAAAUCCUAAGUAAUUUGAAUAACGAAGAACUAACGUUUAUUGUGCUAAACGCAUAGCAUGCUUUAGAUUUUUUUUCAAGUUGAAAUUAGAAUAUUAAUUUCUUUCGUUGUGCAUAAGACUGGCGUUGCGCGCGAUUAAACGCGAUAAAUAUUCAAUGUGUCUUUAAUAUGUAUGAACUUUAUCGUUGUGUUUUGGAGUAAAAAGCACUGAUUCGUUUAAAAAUUUUAAAAUUACCUAGAUAAAUUUUGAAAUCACGUCUCAAUAAGUUUCAUUGUUUGACAAACUCAAAAUAACUGUCAGGAUACGAAUAAAUAUAAGGAUUACAUUUUACAUGUAUAUAGUGCCAAAGUACAAACUUAAAUUAGUGAAAAUUAUUUGUUCACUUGCUGUUAAUUUUCUUUUUACAUUAUUGAAUGAACUGUCAUUAUUGAUGAACUAUUGAAAAGUUACAUGAAAGAUUGUUAAUGAUUUUACGACAAAUUUUUCAUUUAAGCUUUUGCGCAAUGCCGGAUUCAUUCAAUUAAAUACGUUGCACGACAUGUUUCGAAAUUUCUACUAUAUUGUAUGUAAAAAAAACUAUAAUAAGGCGAAUUGUAUUGUAAUAGUAACGUUUAAUAAAUAACACUUUUCAACAGCAAA